AUGACCCUUGAAGACCGUUUUGAGGUGAUCAAAGAGGUUGGCGAUGGCUCUUUUGGUAGCGUCGUGCUUGCCAGAACUCGGACCGCAGGGUCCAAUGUAGCACGUCGUGGAACUAUGGUUGCUAUUAAAACGAUGAAGAAAAAUUUCGAGUCGUUUGCUCCGUGCUUGGAGCUUCGAGAGGUCAUCUUCCUUCGCACACUUCCUCAUCACACUCACAUUGUCCCCGCCCUAGACAUUUUCCUCGACCCACUAAGCAAGAAGCUGCAUAUUUGCAUGGAGUACAUGGACGGCAACCUCUACCAACUGAUGAAGGCACGGGACCAAAAGUACCUCGAAGCAAAGCAUGUGAAAAGCAUUCUCUAUCAGAUCAUGUCAGGUCUGGACCACAUUCACGCUCACAACUUCUUCCACCGCGACAUCAAACCAGAAAACAUCCUCGUCUCAACUUCCGCCCCGAAUGAUUCCUCUGCCUUCAGCCGAUACUCCAACCUUGUCACACCUCCUUCUACGCCUCCUACCUACACCGUUAAGAUUGCCGACUUUGGCCUCGCUCGCGAAACACACUCAAAAUCUCCUUAUACAACAUAUGUCUCUACUCGGUGGUAUCGAGCUCCGGAGGUGUUGUUGCGUGCUGGUGAAUACUCGGCCCCUGUGGAUAUCUGGGCUGUGGGUGCUAUGGCAGUUGAGAUUGCCACAUUGAAGCCACUGUUCCCUGGUGUGAAUGAAGUCGAUCAAGUAUGGCGGAUCUGUGAGAUCAUGGGAAGUCCUGGUAAUUGGUAUACCAAGUCUGGAGCGAAAGUCGGAGGUGGAGAAUGGCGUGAAGGCAACAAGCUUGCGCAGAAGCUUGGAUUCACCUUCCCUAAAAUGGCUCCACACUCAAUGUCAAGCAUUCUACAAGGCCCUCAUUGGCCACAGUCAUUGAGUAACUUUGUGACUUGGUGUCUGAUGUGGGAUCCUCGCAACCGACCAACAUCCACUCAAGCCCUCAACCAUGAAUACUUUGCGGAUGCAGUCGAUCCAUUGAGACCCAAAUCAUCUGCUUCCAGGCUACUCGGUCGCAAGAUGUCCGAGAAGAGUUUCAAACCAGCCGGCACUAAGGAGACUACCGAACUGCCUGCAUUGUCUUCCAAGCCUUCUUGGUUCCGGAGGUCAUUGGUACUACGAACCGACAGUCCGGCACCUCUCUUGGAGCCGGAAGCAGCUGUACGACCACCAGCAGUCUCCUACAACACUGUGCCUGAGGUACAAGCCUCCAAAGGUCGUUCAGUCAAGCGAGCAACAUGGGCCAACGGCGCGCCGAUGCCGAUCCUUCCUUCUAUCAGACCAGUUUCGCCGCUUUCAAACGCAGUCACUGCCCAAGCCAACAGUAGCGUAGCCCAUGGCAAUGAUCACCAUGUCACCGUCGAGGAGUCUGGAAAAUCCAAGAAGAUCGGUCGACAACUUUCUGUCAACUCGCAUGGCAAUCACUAUGCAGAUAUUCACAGACAGGAGGCGGAACGUGCUCUGAACGGCCUGAACGGUGGCGCAAACACAUCAACACCAAAGGAAAGUUUCUUUUCACAUCUCCGAAAACGUGCUCGAAGACUAUCAGGUCGUAACCAGGCGGCUGCAGCCGCACCAACAUCCAACUACGACAUUGAAGCUAAUGCAGGUUGCUCUCCGUGGCCUAACCGUUCGUCGGUCGUCCUGGACUCGGGCAUGAUUGAUACGAAGACGGGCGACUUCUCGGAGUUGGACAAGACCCUACAGGGUGUAAAAUAUGGCUUGUCUUCAGCAGCCAACCCUCCUCCUCAAAUCACCUCGAUCCCUAACCAGAUUCUAUCCAAAAGACAAUCUGUGCCACAAGUGCCUAUGCGAUCAAUGACCGAGAGCCCAACCCCUAGUGUGGGCGGUCCGAUUUCCAGCAGAACGCGCAGAGCUUUGCAGAUGACAUCACACCCCGUUCAUCGCUACGAAACGCCGGAAGAGGAAGACGAGCUACUGGAUGAAGUUCUUCAUUCAGCCGACAAAGCAGCUAGGCGUCUUGCACAGCACUAUGAUGCAGAGUCUACUUCAUCACUAUAUAAGGAGGACCACCGUCUGUCUCAUCUGGUGAAUGAUUCAACACGAACUCUGAAUCCGUAUCCAACCCCCUCUCCGUCCGCUAAACGUGACGGUGUUUCCUUCGGUGACAUCGACAAUACUCCGAUCAGACAAAGAGAUGUCUCGAAGAUGGACGAAGACUCUAGCCGACAAUGGCCUACUCCUCCAUAUGGAGAGCAGGAAUGGGCUAGCUCUGUUGCCAACAGCAUUCUAUCUGGCUCUACAUACAGGUAG